CUCCACCAAUGACUAUACAGCAGGAGGUGAGGACGUUGAUGGAUCAGCUUGCAGUUGGGAACGGCUGGAAACGCUGCACCAAGAAAAAAUGGAAAAGAGGCAAUAACGCCAGAUGCGUCCUCUUUCCUAUUCAGUUAUUGACACAGUUCGUUUUCAUUUGGACGAUAGGUGUUGGCAAGUUCACUGCAUAUUCAAGAUAUUUCGGAGAUGGACCGUGCGUGGGCCUGAAGCAGACUCCAGCGUCGUCUCCUCGUCCCCCGCACCCUGAGCAGCAUGGAUGUGGAAGACUUCCCUCCACCUCCUCCUGAAAUGUUAGCGGAGGGCAUGGCGUUCAAUGACGAAGAUGAGGGUGAGCGGUUCGAGUUUGACGACAGUGGGGACGACAUCCCGGAGGCCGACCGCCCUCCCCCCGCCCCUCCGGCCCCUGAUUACGCCGAGCAGGGCAUGCUGGGAGGUGAGUGUCCUCCUCCACCAGGGGCCGUGGCUCCCCUCCCUGCUUCGCCUCACCCAAACCCCACUCCUGAGGCCAGCCCAGCCCCAACAACAACCACCACCACCACCACAGAUGCAGCUUUUCCUCCUCCGCCCCCAGACGAGAGCUGUGAGGCCCCCAGCACCGUAACCACUAACCCCACCUCUACCCCUACAUCUGCUGCUCCGGAGGCUCAAUUACCCCCUCCCCAUCAGGAGGAGCCUCCACCCCCCAGUGUUCCUGCCCCAGAGACUGACUUACCUCCACCCCCAGAGGAUGCUGCUGCUGCUGCUGCUGCUGCUCCAGACCCUGGACAGAAAGAUGAAGGAAUGUCCAGCCAGGCCCCCGGCCCUCCCCCCGCGGCACCCAGGAGCACCUCCCAGGGGAAGGUUAACCCCUACUCGGUGAUCGACAUCACCCCCUUCCAACCGCAGCUGCAGCCGCAGCUCUCAGCGCCCGCCUCUUCCCCUUCGUCCGCCACUGAGAAGGAGCCGGAGGCCCAGGAGAUGCCCAGCAGCCCCAGCGUGCCGCCUGGUUACUCUGUGCCAGUGCCCUGUGGCUACGCCGUGCCCUCGAACGUGCCCAUGAUCACGCCAGCCUACACCACCCCAGUCAUCAUCAGACACCUCUCUGUGGAUGAGGAUGUCACAGUGGUGGGCACAGGAAAUACUGCUGGUGAUGGCGUCUUCACUGAAGAGUAUCCAGUCAUCAGAGAGGAAGAUGCUUUGACUAAAUGGGUGUCUGAUCCUGCAAACACUGCUUGGAUGGAAAAUCCAGAUGAGGUGAUUUACGAUGACGUCCCCCGAGAGAACUCGGACUCUACAGACCCUGAUGAGAUGAUUUACGAUGACGUGGAACUGGGGGACGGGGGCAGUUCGCUAGGGGAUGGCUGGAGUUCCAGCGAGUUCGAGAGCUACGAGGAGCAGAGCGACGGCGAGGGCCAUGGCGAGAACGGCCUCCCCGACGCCUUCGUCCGCAGGAAGACACCCAGCCAGAGGACCCAUCUCUCUCAAGAUCUGACUCGCUUGAAAGAACACUAUGAGAGAAAGAUGAGAGAUCUCAUGGCAAAUGCCGUGGGGACUGUAGAGCUCCAGCAGCUCAGACAGAAACACGAGCAGAAGGUCCAGAAGCUGGUGAAGGCUGCCAAAGAUGGCACCAAAGAUGGCCUGGAGAAAACCAAAGCAGCUGUGAAGAAGGGCAAAUCCUUUAUGAGAACCAAAUCCUUCUGCUCCGAGCGGAAGUCCACCUGUUUCGACGAGGAGGAAGCGGACAUGUUCAUUGAUGUGGACUGCCUGAGUGUGGAGCCAGUGCUGGGUCCUGCCCCAGAGGGUCUCUCGCAACAACAGGUGGUGAGGAGGUGUAUUCUUGGAUCAAUAUUAGAAAGUGAGAAGAAUUAUAUUGCUGCACUGAAGCGCAUAUUAGAGCAAUAUGAGAAGCCCCUCUCUGACAUUGAACCCAAGUUGCUAAGUGACCGGAAGCGGAAGAUGAUGUUCCAUCGCGUGCGUGAGAUCCUUCAGUGCCACGCCCUCUUCCAAAUCGCCCUGGCCAGCAGGAUGGCUGAGUGGGACAGCCUGGAGAUGAUCGGAGACGUGUUUGUGGCCUCCUUCUCCAAAUCUAUGGUGUUAGACGCCUACCGGGAAUAUGUGAAUAAUUUCAGCACGGCCAUGGCAGUGGUUAGGAAAGCCUGCGCCACCAAGCCUAACUUCCUGGAGUUUCUCAAGCACCGCCAGGAGAUCAGCGCUGACCGCGUCACUCUCUACGGCCUCAUGAUGAAACCCAUCCAGAGGUUCCCUCAGUUCAUCCUCCUGCUGCAGGAUAUGCUGAAAAACACGCCGGUGGGUCACCCUGACCGCCUCCCUCUGCAGAUGGCCUUGACUGAACUUGAGACUCUUGCUGAGAAACUCAAUGAGAAGAAAAGAGAGGCCGACCAGCGCUGCGAGAUCAAACACAUCGGCAAGGCCAUGAAUGAGCGCUACCUCAACAAGCUGUUAAUGAGCGGCUGCAGAUACCUGAUCCGCUCGGAUGACAUGGUGGAGACGGUGUACAACGACCGCGGGGAGAUCAUCAAGACCAAGGAGCGCCGGCUCUUCCUCCUCAACGAUGUGCUCAUGUGUGCCACACCCAACGCACGGUCACCUCAGGAGGGUGGAGGUGCUCCCACCUCGGGCCAGAAGUUCCUGCUGAAGUGGAGCGUCCCGCUGAGCUUUGUGGAGGUGCUGGAGUACGGCUCCAGCGAGGAGAUGGGCGACAGCGGCCGCUUCCCUGCACCCCACUCCGGAGAGAAGGUGGUCAUCAAUGCCAAGCCAAAUAAACUCUACAUGGGUCCAGGACAGCUGUAUCAAGAUCUGCAGAACCUGAUCCACGACCUCAGCCUAGUCAACCAGAUCUCUCAUAUGAUUGGCAGCCUAAAGGGCAACUACCAGAAUGUGAACCCUACUGUAGCCCAUGACUGGGUCUCUGGCCUCCAGCGCCUGAUCCGGAAGAAAGAGGAAGAGAUCCGAGCAGCCGACCGCUGCCGAAUACAGCUGCAGUUACCCGGGAAACAGGACAAGGCUGGGAAACCCACACAUUUCACCGCAGUCUUCAACACGUUCGGCCCCGCUGUCAAGCAGUCAUGGAUCAGUAACCUGCAGAUGGCUAAACUGGCCUUGGAGGAGGAUAACCUGCAAGGCUGGUUUUUCGCAGAAGAUGAUGGAAACCAGAUCAAAAAGCAGAAGCAUCCCCUCUUGCUGAAGCAGAUGCCUGUAGUUAUGUCCAAACUGCAGGAGUUCAAGGUGGAGUGUGCGGUGCACAACCCAGAACCUCACGUGAACAGUGAGAGCACAGCUGACAUGCCUGCCCUGGGCCACGGCUUUGUGUGGGUGGCCAGCUGCACCAAUCAGAUGGGCCAGAUCUCCAUCGUGGCCAUGCAGAACUCCAGCCCCAAGGUGACCGAGUGCUUCAACGUAGAGUCGCGCAUCCUCUGCAUGGCCUACGUGCCCACGGAGGAAGGCCUGGCAAACGGGGUGGGAGGCUCUGACGGUGACCCUCAGCCAGGGAAGAACACCCACACACCCACCAUCUGCCUGGGGAUGGAGGAAGGGAGCAUCUCUGUUUACAAAAGCAGCCAGCGGUCCAAGAAGGUCCGUCUACAGCAUUUCUUCACGCCUGACAAAUCCACUGUUACGUGCCUGGUGUACAGGAGUCAGUAUCUGUACGCGGGCCUCGUCAGCGGAUCAGUGGCCAUCUACUCCAGAGCACCAGAUGGAUCUUGGAACUCGACCUCCCCCAAGGUGCUGAAGCUCGGGGUGCUUCCUGUCAAAGCUCUGAUUGCUGUGGAGGAUCACGUGUGGGCCUCAUCGGGCGGGCAGGUUUUCAUCGUGGGCACCCAGACCCAUGCAGUGGAGCGUCAACUGGAGGCCCACCAGGAGGAGGGCAUGGUGGUGUCCCACAUGGUGGUGGCCGGCGUGGGCAUCUGGAUCGCCUUCAGCUCGGGCUCCACCCUGCGCCUCUUCCACACGGAGACCCUGGAGCACCUGCAGGACAUCAACAUCGCCACCCCCGUCAACAGCAUCCUCUCAGGGCACCAGAGGGUUUCUGUGAGCAGCCUACUUGUGUGUCAUAGUCUGCUACUCGUGGGGACCAACCUGGGUGUGAUCGUAGCUCUGUCUGUCCCUCGACUCCAAGGAAUCCCCAAAGUCACAGGCAGGGGCAUGGUGUCUUUCCACGCUCACAACAGUCCAGUCAAAUUCCUCACCAUGGCAGCAGCAGUGUGCAACCUACCACAAGGCAGCCUUGCCGGCAGCCCACCCAGUCAGCCGGCGGCCCCCGAGGGGGAGAGGCCCCCCUGUUCAUCUGGCCCAGCCCCAAACUGCGUCCAGGACCAGCAAGUCGUCUGCACAGGUGACGCCGGCAGCCCCUCAGCCCCCAUCGCCGAAGAUGCUCUAUCCUGCGGCUCGCUGGCUUUAUCCCAGGGGUCCCUCGAACACGGCCCUGAGGACAGCGCCAUCUACGAACAGCUCAAUGACCCUGCCUACACACAGAAGAGCAAGCGCAGCCAGAAGGUGGACGUGAGCUCUCUGCUCGUCGUCUCAGGGGGCCUGGGUCACCGCCGGGUGAACAGGAAGACCAAACAGUCGCGACACGAGGAAACCAUGUCCACAAUUAUGGUGUGGCAGAUUCCUCUGGCGAAUGUGUGAGAAAAGUGAAGGGGAAAGGAGGACUGCCUUUGGGUAGUACCGUCAGGGGGUGUCCACACUACCAGAACACCACACCAAGCCCCUUGGUUCAUUCUUUAUUAGCUCUUCUUUAGGGCCAAAUGUCAAUGAGGGAGUUGCUGUCCUACUUGAAAACAGUCAGGUUCCUAUGGAAACUCACUGAUGGUUUGUUUGCCAGUGAACAUACAUAGGCUCAAGGGUGGGUCACAUGAUGAGGGAAUACCAUUUGGAGAUGAGUGUCGCAUUUAAGUUACUGAAGGUCCCAAUCUGAUUUUCCAAACACAGUGUUGAUUAUUAGAUAGAAGGGCCAAGAAUCAAACCUUUGGAACCACUUAGUCAUGGCACCUGCAACAUGGACUUCUGGUUAUGAACACAUAACCAACCUUUGUAUACUGAUUCUUCUUUUCAUAAAACAUAUUUACAAAAGAGGAAUAACAUGGCUAAUAUCCAGUUGGGUACUGGAUGAGUACCUAUUGCCAUUUUUUUACUUGUUUUUUUGUUUGUUUCUUGGGAGGUGUCUUCUUUUCAGUUGUUUUUUGCUUAGAAUACCAUAUAUAUGCAAUUUGCAUAGUACAUCUUUUCCAUCCUCGUUACUGUUUCUAGAGGAAAAUCCAAGUAACAUAAUGUGUCAACUCCCUGAUACAGCUCUGUUAUGCUUUCUGUCAAAGCUUCCCUACAGACAUGGAUAUGAUGUAUCCUUUACUUCCAGCAUAAAUGUUUCAAGAACUUCUCCAUGUCUUAAGUAAACACAUGCAGCAGUAAGUAAAGAGGGGGUAAACCACACCCAGUGAAUGGCCAUGAUGUUUUGUCUGCAGUUCUGCUGAUGGCUUUUGUAAUAACUAUGGAGCAAUAAAGAUACAAGGAGGAAAUACUGGCUGGCCAGGUUUCCUUGGCGAUUCUAGAAUGA